AUGCAGUCAUGGACCGGCGGAGGCAGUCGUUCGCUCUUUUGCGCGUUUCGCUCGCUUUCUUCACACAAUGAGCGACAUUUUACAACGACUUCCCCUUUACAACGAAUGAGUAAAGCUGUCUUGAAAGCGAAACUCAAGCAGCAAGCUACGGCCCUGGAAGCCAACAAAGGUGGAAGGAAAGGCAAGAACUCCAAGGAUGCUCAAAAAAGUCUCGCCCGUGCACGCGAUUUCAAUAGUGUCAUUGAAACUGCAUUGCGCGAUACCAAACAAAGACUUCGCACAACAGCGCAAUCAUUGGACGGAUGGGAACGGCUUGAGCGUCAGGUGUUGAAUGCCUGCCGUGUGGAUGAAAAGAAAGGGCUAUCGGUGAAAUGGACUCCGUUACGAGAGCUCAAAGGUCUUUUGCAAAAGGCAUAUCUGUCCAAAGGCGUUCAGGGUGUACGGGAUGAGUUAGAAUAUAUGCUUUUUGCAGAGGAUUUGACGAACAAGUACUCGACUUCCAAUCUUGAAGCGCAACGGAAAGUGGUCGACCUUCGCUUUCCCGCCGAAUGGUAUCCCAGUGCACGAUCAAUCCAACGGAAAAUCCAUUUGCAUGUCGGCCCUACGAAUUCGGGGAAAACAUACCAUGCGCUGAAAAGGUUGGAGCAAGCUAAGGCUGGGUUUUAUGCAGGACCUCUAAGACUACUUGCACAGGAGGUAUAUCAUCGCUUCAAGGAUAAUGGUAUACCGUGUAGUCUUGUCACAGGAGACGAAGUUCAAACUCCCGAGGAUGGCAAAUCACCGCGGGUUGUGAGUAAUACUGUGGAGAUGGUUAGCUUGGGACAGGCUUUCGACGUUGGAGUGAUUGAUGAAAUUCAGAUGAUUGCCGAUCCCAACCGAGGCUGGGCGUGGACUCGAGCUGUGCUUGGGUGUCAGGCGUCAGAGCUACAUCUUUGCGGCGAAACGCGCACGGUACCGCUGAUUCGCGAGUUAUGUGCUCUCACUGGAGACAUCCUGGAGAUUCAUCGUUAUCAGAGGCUCAACGGUCUGGAAGUGAUGCCACAUAGUCUUCGUGGCAACCUCAAGCUUCUUCAAAAGGGCGAUUGUCUGGUUGCUUUCUCUCGUGUUGGAAUUCACGCCUUGAAGGCAGAUAUUGAAAAAAUCACUGGAAAACGAGCUGCGAUUGUCUAUGGCGGUCUACCAGCUCCCAUUCGAACCCAGCAGGCAGCACUGUUCAAUGAUCCAGAUAAUGACUAUGAUUAUCUAGUAGCGAGUGACGCGAUUGGCAUGGGGUUGAAUUUGGCCUGCAAGCGUGUCAUCUUCGAGACUCUGAUUAAACGGACCCCGGCCGGUUUGGUACAACUAACCGUUCCGGAAAUAAAGCAGAUUGGUGGACGCGCCGGUCGAUACCGCCCUGCUGGUGCCACGGAUAGUAGUCAAGACGGAACCAACAUCGGUCUCGUUACGUGUCUCGAAGACGUCGACCUUCCAUACAUCCAAGAAGCUAUGCAAACUGAGCCCCCGCCACUCACAGCCGCUGGUUUAAUGCCGCCAGGGUUUGUCGUCGAGAAAUUUUCAUCUUACUUCCCAAGAAAUGUACCCUUUGAGUACCUGAUCAAACGAAUGCUCGAUAUCGCCCAGAUGAACCGCCUUUUCUUCAUGUGCAACUCGACUAGCCAAAUUGAAGCUUGCCAGGUCGUUGAUGCCGUGGAUGGGUUGGGACUUCUGGAUAAGCUUUUCCUCACUGCCGCGCCUUUGGAAACCAGAAACCAGGCAUUACGUGACGUGACCUUGCAAUUUGCCGAAUGCAUUGCUAGUAAUUCUCAAGGGCGAUUGCUGGACAUUCCCUAUCUCAAUCUGGAAAUACUAGAAAGGCCCGUUUCUGGAAAUAAGGACUACAUGUCUGAGCUGGAAGGGCUUCACAAGGCCAUUAUUCUUUAUUCAUGGCUGAGCUUCCGAUUUGGCGGUGUAUUCACGGAUCGAAGUCUCGCGGCACACAUCAAGACGCUUACCGAGGAGAGGCUGAUGCGAGCGUUGACCGAGUUCUCCGCCAACAAACGCUUGCGCAAUAAUGCUUCUUUGAGGCGCCAGGUUGAAUUGCAAAAGCAGAUCAUGAGCCAGAAAAGCCUUAUCGAUGAUGAGGACUUGGUCUCUCCAGAUGAGAAAGUGCAUGAAUUUUCGGAUGGAUUUUCAGAUGAGGAUUCUGACCCAGUGGAACCCAUGGGAGGUUUGGAGGACACUGAAGACUUUGAGGAGGAACAGAGUCCUCGAAUGUAA